AUGCCUGGCGACGAACCAUCGACACCCUUCUGCCUGCGCAUCCAGAAGCCACUCGCUCCCACUCCUUCACAACGCCGAAUUAUGAGUCGCGGUGGAAAGCUUGCCCCCGAAGUCAAUCGAGCUCUCUUCGUAAAGAAUCUGAGCUUCAACGUCACUCCAGAGGAGCUCUUCGAUCUCUUUGGCAAGUUCGGCCCGGUGCGCCAAAUCCGCCAGGGCAUCGCCAACAACACCAAAGGCACCGCCUUCGUCGUCUAUGAAGACGUCAUGGAUGCCAAAUCCGCUUGCGACAAGCUGAACGGCUUCAACUUCCAGAACCGCUACCUCGUCGUAUUAUAUCACCAGCCAGACAAGAUGAUCAAGGCCGCAAACGAUCUCGCCGAGCGCCAGGAAAACUUAGAAAAGCUCAAAAAACAACACGGCAUUGAUUAG